UUGGGGGAUGGGAUUGGAGCUUCCAUUUACAUUCCGGAAAACAUAGCCCUGUUUCAUGUCAGGAGGGGGCUAAUCCAGGUGUUCCCAAGGGGUUCCCUUUGGUCUCUUAGUUCCAGCGGGCUGGGAAUUUUUGGGAUGUUAUCUGGAUUUGGGGGAUGUUGCCGGGCUCUCUGUGUUUUUUCCGACUGAGCCUUGGGCACUUCCAAGGCUGGGGCAGGCACGGCUUCUCUGGGAAAUCCAUCGCAGUGUUUUCCCCCCCCUCACAGGGCAGGAUUUAUUCCCAAAAUCCCACUAAAUCCCUGGCCGUCCAUACAACCCCAUUCCCUAUUAUCCUAUGCUCCUUCUCCAAACCCCUUUCUCCCCCUCUCUCAGGGUUCCUCCACCCCAAAACCACGAAGGAUAUAACUCCUAGAGCGGCUAUGACCCGGCGGGAGCCCCCCGGGCAUCCAAACAUUGCUUAAUUAGGAAAAAAUUCCAUUAAAUUGCUCCCGAAUCCCGCCCCCCCAAACAUGGCGGCGCCGGGCGGAACCACCCGCGGCCUCCCGGGGGGGGGGGAAAGGGGGGUCCGUCCCCCCUCCUGCUGGUGAUGGUCCCGCUCACUUCCGGUCAGCGCCGGAACCCGGAAUUAGCGACAGGCAGAGUGUCCAGGGUUUCUCGGGAUCGUGCAUUGCGACAUUCCCGAGGCUCUUGCGACAUUCGCGGCGUGAAACCCUUGGGAUGCUCCACUUGGAUAAGAGGUAGAAGAGCCGGAAGCCAUCGGGGCGGCGCAGGAAUCCGUGAGGAUGGACACGCUCCGGAACCGGACAGUGGAGGAGCUCCGGGAGCUGCAGGAGGAUUCCCAGGAAAUCGAGCGCUUGGCUCUGGAAUCGCAGGAGGUGCAGGAGCUGCAACUGGAGCGGGAAAUGGCCUUGGCUUCCAACCGGAGCCUGGCGGAGCAGAACCUGAAAUUCCAGGCACCACUGGAAUCGGGACGGAGCGACCUCUCCAGGAAAUACCUGGAGCUGCAGGAACUGGCUGGGAGGUGCCGGGAGCAGAAGGAAAAGCUGGAGAAAUCCUCAGCAGCGCUGCAGCCCCAGACUCUGCUGGAGCUGCUCCAGGUGGAAAGCCAGAAGAUUGAGGAGGAAUCCGAGAAAAUGGCGGAGAAAUUCCUAAAGGGUGAAGUGCCCUUGGAGACGUUCCUGGAGCAGUUUUCCAGCAUGAGGAGAUUGUCCCACCUGCGCCGGGUACGCGUGGAAAAGCUGCAGGAGAUCGUGAGGAAGUCGGAGGGAUCCCAGGAAUCCGGCCAGGACUCGCAGCCUCCUCCUCCUCCUCUCCCUCCUACUCCUCACAUUCCCGUGGAUCCUCCGAAGCCCUUCCCAGCAGGAUCUCCGCCCUUCCCCCUUCCCUAUAGCCCAGCUCCCGCGCUCCCUCCCGGCCCCCUGGCCCAUGGAGCGCUGCCUCCCACACCUUUCCCGGCAUCUCCGGCCUCCGUGGCUUCUUCCCAGCCCGGCUCCCAACCCUUUCCUUACCCUACUCCUGGAUAUCCCUCGGCUCAGGCUCCCAGAGCCGCCUCCGGAGGCUAUUCCUGGUCUCCAUCCCGGGCCCCUCCACAGCCAGCACCGUAUCCUGGUCCCAGUCCGUCCCCUCCUCCCAGGCCAGGAUACUCUCCCUACAUCCCUUCCGGAGUGGGAAGGUCGCAGUGUCCCUAUCCCACCCAGCCCCCUCUCCCGAAUUUCCCCAUCCCAGCACAGCCUCCCUAUCCUGGGGCUCCCCCAGCCUUUGGAUACCCCCCCCCUCCCAACCCCUCCCGUCCAGCUUGGCCUGGAUACUAAUCCAGGGCUUUCCGGGAGCAUCCUCUGCUACUUCCUUCUUUUUCUGGGGAUUGAGGAACAGGUGGAAUCCCAUGAAUUCCGUAGGAUGAGAGUCACAGCGCCAGGAGUCAGAGCCAGAUGAUUCCCAGCUGGAUAUAGCAGGAAGAAGCAGCCCCUCAGGGCUGGAAUGCCAGAGAGGAGAAGGCUGCAGGGAGACCUUGGAGCACCUUCCAGAGCCUAAGGGGGCUCCAAAAGAACUGGAAAAGGACUUGGAUAUAAUGGCCUGGAAUGAUGGGAUAAAGGGGAAUGGCUUCCCACUGCCAGAGGAUGGGUUUAAUGGGAUAUUGGGAAGAAGUUCCUCCCUGUGAGGUUGGUGAAGCACUGGAAUGGGUUUUCCAGGGAAGCUGUGGUUGCUCCGUCCCUAGAGGUGUGCAAGGACAAGGUGGACGGAGCUUGAAUCCACCUGGGUUAGUGGAAUGUGGUUGGAAUGGGAUAAUCCUUAAAAUCCCUUCCCACUGAACCAUUCCAGGAUUGUUGGGAAUGGGUGAUUCCCACCCAGCCUCUGCUAUUCCCGACCUCCUGUGUAGUUUUCCAGGCUCCUCACAUCCCCCUUCUCAGGAAACACUUGGAGACAGAGGGAAGGACAAAUACUGGGAAUGGGAUUUGCUUUGCUCAGCACUUUAUCCUACGAGUCCCGCCCAUAUCCCUGGAAGUUAUUUAUAAGGAAUAGUUACUAAUGGACUAGGAUGGGGCUUUGUGGGAUUUCAUGGAAGCAAUUCCAUCCCUGGAGUUAAUUACAGUAAUAAAACUGGAUGAAUUAA